ACCGAUACCCUUUCAUUCGAGCUGAACCAUAAAGUGAUUUCAAUUAAACCCCCUAGCGCACGUAUUGAUUGAUAGCUCUUUGUGAUGGUAAUUGAGCGAUGGAAUAAUGGUGCAAAGAAUGCGUGCAAACUGAUAGUGAAACGUAGGGAGAGAACAAAAACACAACAAAAACAUGGAAAGUAGCAAUUAUUAAUCAAACAUAUAAACAACACCACUGCGUUCACGGGCGCUUAUCGCGGAGGAAACGUGGAAGCAAUGCUCCUCAUUUGCAUCACAGCGGUCAAAUGGUUAUCUCGAGCGGAACUGGCCUUGGUGCACGCAUUUGAAAUGGGAGAAGAAUAGGGUAGCGAAUAAACAGCUAGGCUCAGUCGAUCCGUAGGUCAGUUCCUGGGCAGGUUGUGCAGCCUGUAGAAGUCAGCUUUUACCAACAAACCUUAAGAUGUAAGUAUAAAGCGUGAAACGUUGUGAAGAAUGGUUCUAAAAUGUAUUUUACUUUUAGGUAUCUCAAGCUUCUCGGUCUGCUUACAUUGUUUGUGGUUGCAAUAGCCAGUGAGUUUCAAGAAGUGACCACACCUACCAGCACCUCCAGCGAGGAAGAAACCAACGCUGGCGUAAUAUUCUCAAACGCCACCACACUUAUCAUCGAAGAUGGCGCGCUGGAAUCGAUCGAUCCGGCACUUUUUGAGUCCUACCCUAACCUUACGCACCUUCAACUGAGUCCCCGUGUACACAGCAUCCAACCCAACGCAUUUGCUUCCCUAAAAGCACUCACCAAUCUCAACCUGGACAACAACCUGUUCGCUACCGUACCGCGAGAAGCACUCUCCGCCCUAAGCACGCUUAAAACCCUUUCAAUCGCCAACAACCUGCUCGAAUCGCUCGAUGAUGGUGAUGUGUUUUUAAGCCUAGCCCGUCUGCAAAGCCUAUCACUCGACAGCAACCUCAUCCACCAGCUACACCCCCAGUCGUUCGCUCGCCUGGCAGAGCUUAAACUACUCAACGUGAGCUGGAAUCGGCUCACAGCAUUCGAAAGCAUAAUCCUGCCCCCGGAAAACCAACUCCAAGUGCUCGAUUUAAGCUACAAUUAUGUGAACCUGCUUAACGUGUCCACCUUCCACCGGUUGCCCGCUCUCAGGGAGCUAUCCCUCGCCGGCAAUCAGUUCGAAUCGCUGCACCCGAACACAUUCGCUACACUGCGCCACCUAAGCCGGCUCGAUUUGAGUGAUAAUUUUUUCCAAUCACUUCCACCGAGGCUUUUCACCUCGAACCGGAAGCUGGCCGAGCUGAAUCUGGCUGCCAACCUGCUCGACACGCUGCCGGGCGACCUGUUCGCUGGGCUGAAGCAUCUUACAGCGCUAAACUUACGCAACAAUCGGCUUACCGAGCUGCCGGCAACCAUCUUCCGCGAGCAGCCACCGUUCGCGCAGCUCGCCCUCGAAGGCAAUCGCAUUGAGCGCUUCCCGUCCGACUGGUUGCAAGCGUCCGCCGACCUGCUGUUGCAAAACAACCGGCUCGCUGGGCUGCGGAAGUUUGCGCCGUCCGCGAACGGGACGGUUGUGCGGCGCCUGUUUCUGUAUGGUAAUGAGAUUGCCACCGUCGAGCAGGAUGUGUUCCGGGCGGUGCCGAAAUUGGAAACACUUUACCUGGAUUAUAAUCGCAUCGACGAGCUGUCGCCGAUGGUGUUCCACACGAACCACGAGCUGCAGCACGUGACCCUUUCGCACAACCGGCUGGCGGUGCUGCGGACGAACACGUUCGCCGGGCUGGCCCGGCUCCACUCGGUCGAUCUGUCGUACAAUCGGCUCGCUGCCAUCGAGGAAUCGGUCUUCCACGGCUCGCCGGUUGAGUAUUUGAAUCUGAACGGCAAUCGGUUGCGGACGCUCGACGAGUGGAGCUUUUCCGGCACGCGCUUGCUGUACCUGUACGUGGACUCGAACGCGAUUGAUGCGGUACAAGUGGGUGGAACAGGAGGGCGACGAGAAGAAGGUGUGCUGGAAGGAUUGGUAGAACUUUCGGUCGCCAGCAAUCGACUCGACCGGUGGCAGGAGCUAUGUGCGAGAAACUUUUCCCGCCUGUCAGCCCUGAACUUGGCGAACAACUCGCUUCCCUCGCUGGAGCAGGCAAGUGGCUGCCUGGGAGAACGGACCAACUUGGAUCCUCUUACGGUUAAUGUUGGCUUGAAUAAGGUUUCGCUGAUUCCGGAGUUUGCUGGACCCGUUCGGUCAUUGGAUCUUAGCGGGAAUAGUGUGGAAGAUCUGGAAGGUGGACAUCGGUUCGAGAGAUAUCAACAAACAGAGGUGCUUCUGCUGCGAAACACAUCAUUAAGAGCGCUCAAUUCGGGAAACUUUGCAUUUCUACCCCAUCUUACGGAGUUAGCCGUUAGCUCCAAAUUUUUAGAGACCAUUGAGGAGGAUACACUACUUGGGCUUAAGCUUCAGAGGCUAGAACUAACUGAUUCUCCGUUAAAAACACUUCCAAGCCAUCUUCUUAAAGCCCAGCGGAAUCUUUCCUAUCUUUCUCUCGCCAACAACGAGCUCACAGUGCUAUUCUCCACCUUCUUCACCGAUUGUGUCCGCCUGGAAGUGAUGGAUCUUUCCGGGAACGCUCUAUCCACUGCAGACAAAGCUUGGUUCGAGCCCCUGGAACACCUUAAGUCAAUCAAUCUCGAAGCAAAUCGAAUUACCCAACUACCGGCCGAUCUUCUCUCCCCGGACACACAUGCGCUCGAGCUGCUUUCCUUCGCCGGAAAUGCGCUGCACACCGUCUCCGAUGCAGCGUUCCUUGCGGACGUCCCAAUUAAGGCGCUUAACCUUUCCAACAAUCGGCUGGAAGAGGUGACGCUUCUUGCCCGCAACGAGUUCAUCACCCAGCUGGACGUGUCGGGUAAUCGGUUGAAGCGGUUGCUGUUACGACCCAACUAUCGCACGCUGGUAGCAAACGCGAACCAAAUCAGCAGCCUCGAGUGGGACCGCCACUAUCACGCCAAGUCCUGCCAGCUGGAGCUGCUCUAUCUGGCGGACAAUCUUCUGGAGCAGCUCGAUCAACGUGUCUUCCAGCUGGCAACGAUGGUCGCGCUGGAUGUGUCCGAGAACCGGCUCGAUGCGUUCCCGUUCGACCAGCUGCAUCGGCUGAAACGGUUGACGGUAUUGAACGUCUCUCGCAACAACAUACGCACCCUGCCGGUGAUGGCCGCUGGGGAAAGGUUUAAGCUCGACUGGUUGGAUUUGUCCGAGAAUCCGCUCGAGCAGGCGGAGCUGGAACACUUCCUUGGGUCGUGCGUUGUGAACGAUCUAGUGGUGAAUGUUGCCUAGUCCGCCAUGGGCCAGGUAGGUGGCCAUUGAAGAGAAGGUGAUAGAGCGGCAGCUAUUUAUAGCGUAAAUGAAGGUGUCUAAAUAAAACCGUGAAACCGUGUACCGCGUAAAUGUCGGCUUGUGAAUGGCUUUUGUUACUCUGCUGAAUGACUUUACUGAAAGGGGGAUUGGAAGUGGGAGGGAGCGAAAGGUGUUGCGAAUGAAUGGCUUUAUUUGUAAAAUGUCAUGUAAAGUUAAUCAACUCGAGCACAUCCACACACGGAGCAGCAGUGUGUAGGAGUGCUAGAACAGCAUGCUCCGCACGAUGACUAGAACGAUUCUAGCCCGUCACGUGGUAAAGGAAUGUGUGUUGCAUGUGUGUGUGUGUGUGUGUGUGUGUGUGUAUACACUAGUGUGGUAAGCUUAUGGCGUUUGGAAAAGUUGGCAACUUCCAUUACUAUCAAUCAUUUCGCCCCGGGCUGGAUGGCACGAAACGGUGUCCCCUUUUAACUGGUGCGACUACAAUAUCACGUGCUGGGGAGGGGUUUUUGGGUGAAACUUUCCGUCGCUAUUAGUGGAACAUGGCACCCAAAUGAGGGUGAAAGUUUAAUUAGUUCUGGACUCGCUGCGCGCGCGUGUAUGUGAGAGCAUUGUCGCUGGUGGGUGUUUCGUAUUGCACGGAAAGUUAUAGUUCCUGCAGCAAUCGGGCGAGCGAGAAAUGGUUGCACCAACGUAUAAAAAAGAUGCUAAAAAAAUGCUGUUUCCACGUUGGUGCGGGAUGUAGAAAAUGGUGGUUUUGAUUCUAUUUCCACAAUAUUCUGCAUAUGGUCCACUUGUGGUCAUUAAUCUCUUUUGUGUGACUGAAAGAGCGUUUUUUAUGAUUUUGGAAUGAACACACUGUACAGCUUUUUAAAUUUAUUAA